UCAGCAGAGGAUGUGUCUGUAGGAGAGAGAGUGUGUGUGAAGGGUGGAAAAGAGGAAAGCGUCAGUAGAAUGGAUAUGUGCCCUCUCUCCUCCACCCUUUCUCCUCCUUCUCUUUCUCCUUCUCCUUCUUCUUCUUCUUCUUCUUCACCUUCCUCCUCCUCCUCCUCCUCCUCGUCACCCUCAGCCCUCGGGGGGGAAACAGGAGCGCGGCUCAGAACCAAACUUCAAUGUCAGCGGUGGAUCAGAAGAAUGGAGGCGACGAACCACAAGACUCGGUGCCAGCGGCUGAGGUGUGGCCAGAGGUGGAGAGGGCGGAGCGUUUGGCUCGCGGCGCCGCCCUCAAGUGGGCGUCGGGCGUUUUCUGUCGGCCCGAAAACCUGGAGCGUCUGAGUCAGUACAAGAAGAGGGAGAGUCAGAGGACGGCGUCGGUCCACACCAGACUGAAGUCCAUGGUGCAGUCGUACCUGGAGGGGGUGGGCUGGGGGCUGGAGCAGCUCCGCGAGGCCCGGGCCGAGCUGAAGGAGGUGUCCCAGGCUCUGAGGAAGGCCGGACUGGAGUCGGACCAGAACGCCGACGGACUCAAGUCUCUGGAGAAGCUGAGAGAAGCAGCCGUCAGCCACCGGCAGCUGCUCGCUGCCGUCAGCAACCUGCCGCGACUUUACUCCGUGCGGAGCACGGUGCUGGAGACCGAGCGUCUGGUGGAGUCGCGCCGCCUCCUGGAGGCUCACGCUCGCCUCAUGGACCUGGAGCGCUGGCAGGACGACAUCCUGUGGCAGCUGCACGGGACGACGGGGACGACGGGGACGACGGGGACGAUGACGGGGACGACGGGGACGACAGGAAGCGUCCUCAGCUCCGAGGACCAAGACCUGGUGGCCAAAUAUUUCUCUGGAGUCGGGCAGCUGGUGGACGCCCUGGCCCGGGAGCUGUGGGCGGUGGUGAGCAGCGCUCUGGCUCUGGCUCGACAGAACCCGACGCCCUUCGUGUCGGCCGUGAGGAUAGUGGAGCGCGAGGAGGCGCUGGACCGAGCUCUGCAGGAGGAGAGAGGAGGAACCAACGGCAGACCUCUGCCGCCGGGUCGACCCCGCGGCUGGAGAACCCACUUCUUCCAGGUCCUGGAGGAGGCGGUUUCCGCUCGGUUUCGCAGCGUCUCCUACCUCCACACCCGCGGUCCCGGUCUGGCCGGCCACCUCUCCGCCCUGCAGCACGCCAUCAUGGCCGACCUGGCCACCGUGCGCCACCUGCUGGAGCACUGCGUCCCGCCGCACUACCACCUGACAGGAGCCUACCUGAGGGCCAGCCACCGCUGUUUGCACGCACACCUGGCGCAGGUUAGCAGCUGGGAUCUGGAGAGCGGGGAAAUCUUUGCUGUGCUCAACUGGGUCCUGCACAUCUACAACAGCCCGGAUAUGAUGGGUCACCCGGAGCUGGUGGAGGAGGUGGAGAAGGAGGAGCUGGGGCCUCUCAUCUCCACCGAGGGUCUGGAGCAGCUACAGAGCAAAUACGUGCAGAGCGUCCGGAAAAGCGUCUCCGAGUGGAUGCACAAAGCUCUGCAGGUGGAGCUGCAGGACUGGCAGCGAGACCAGGAGCCGGAUACAGACCACGAAGGUUUCUACCAAACCAGUCUGCCCACCAUCAUCACACAGAUGCUGGAGGAGAACGCCCGGGUCGCUCUGAUGAUCGGACCAUCGCUGCGAGAUCAGACCAUCCAGAUGGGCCUGUAUGAGAUGGAGAACCUCCUGAACAGGUUUCGGGAAGCUCUGGUGGAAUUCGGGAAGGAGCAUCGCAGAGACAUGAGCAACAACAAAAACAAGUUCUACCUCCACUACCUGCUGGCCUCCAUCAGCAACUGCAUCAUCCUCAAGAAGUCCACGGAGAGUCUGCAGCAGCAGCAGUCGUCCCGUUCGGCCGGACGCUUCUCUCGGACGCCUCCGAACCCUCUGGCCGCUCUGGACCGGGCCGUGAGACGGGCCUGUCGCCUGGUGAUGGACCAGCUGCUCCUGGACCUGCAGCCGCUCCUCCCGGCUCUGCUGACCCGACCCUGGCUGGUCCAGGGCGACCCCACCCCCAAACUGUGCAGCGUCCUGGAGCGCCACCUGGACCUGUACGGCCGGGUCCGACCGCCCUGUCGGCAGCGCCUGCAGGAGGAGGCCCAGUGGCUGAUGGUGGUGGAGUACGUCCGGGCUCUGAUGCAGAAGAAGCUGGUUUGUCGGAGCGCGGACGAGAGGAGGCAACUCGCUCAGCAGAUGCUUCGGGACGAUCAGCUGUUCAGAGAAAUCUUCCACGGCCUGGAAGGUGAAGGUUCUGUCCCUGAAGUUAAUCCUCUGGCUUUACUUCCCGUUCUGGCUGAAUUCAUCCGACUCAAAGACCCCGCGAUGCUCAUCCUGGAGGUGUCAGGACUAGCGGCCAAAUACCCCGACAUCAGCGAGGACCAUGUCUCCGUCCUGAUGGACGUCCGUGGGGACGUCUCCAGGGACGUUAGAGGAGCCGUGCUGGACCUGCUGGAGCAGAGCGCCCCCCCUCUGCCGGCCGGGUACCGACCCAUCUUCACCGACAUCCUGGUGCCCCCCCCCACCAUGGCCUUCUGCCUGCCCACCGCCAAGUGUGCGUGACGUUCAGGUUCUCAGGAAGAAUCGGAAAAUCACAAAACAUCUUCUUCUACUGUUUUUAUUUCUCCUCCAGGAUCUGAGGUCAUGAUUUGCUGGUUCAGGUCUGACCUUAGUUCAUGUCCUGUCUUUAAUUAUCCUCCAGAUAAUUAUUAUUAUUAUUAUUAUUAUUAAGACUGAUCUGCAUCAAAUAACCACAACAACUGUUUAUCGCUCUUAAAUCCUGUGACGUGACAUUUAUAAAGAAAUUCUAUUAAACUUUGAUUAAUUAACAAAAAAAAAGGAAAAAUAUAAAAGUGGAAAGACUCAAAGAAGAGAAGUCGCUCAGGUGGUCGGACCUGCACAUGCAGAACUCUGAGUCUCACCGUUAGCAUCACCGUUAGCAUCACUGUUAGCAUCACUGUUAGCAUCUGCUCCGGAAAAGUUUGUCGUUCAUCAGUCGCUCACAUUGGUCGGCAGAGUUGUACAGAAGAGUUUUCGAGUCACACAUGAGAAAAAAAGGCAGAUUUCCAUCAUGAACUUUGAGAAAAAAUAAGAAGAAAUCGUUUCUCUUUUAGCUACAAACACAGUGUAAUUCUCUGAAUCAGGACUUUGAAGAGACUGAGAAGAAAAUUUAUUCUUUAUGACUUUUUUCUCAAAGGGAAUAAUGAAAACAUAAUCUUCCUCUUCUGUAAAAUUGAGAUUGUGUUUUGUUCCCGUGGAAACGUCGCUGCUGUUUCUCUGCGUGCGGACGAAGAUUUAGUUUGUAAAAAUAAAUCAGAUGCAGCUUAAAGCCGUUACAAGAUCUGUGGAUCAUUAAUUAAUUAUAUGACCGACCACUUCCUGUCAAUUCAGAUUUAAAACAAUGAGUUCAUAUUUUUUCCACAGAGAAGCAGAGAUAAGAUCUAAAUAGACGCAUGAACCCUCUGAGACGUCCUCCGUGUGUUUACAGUUUACAGAGUUUUGAAGCUCAGUGUUGCGUCUCUGGGCGCCGCCAUCUUGGCAGGACUCCACCUCCCUCCCAGUGAGGAGAGGACAAGUUUUACCAAAAAAUAACCUCCCUAAGAAAUGAGUUAAAGACUGACUGUAAACACGUUUAAACGCUUUUAACAUCUAUCACAGCCUCUAGUGGACGUUAGAGGAACUGCAGCAGUGAAGGUUGUGACAUGAGGGAUAUUUUUACAUUUCUUUACAUUAUUUCAUCGUAGGUAGAAUAACUUUGAAUCCUCCACCACUUUCUUUUUUCCUUUUUCUUCCUCCCGUCUUGAGGAACAUUUGCUGCUAAUUCAUUGCUCUUUAACGAUUUUUACUUUUCAUUUACUUGCAUUUAUUUUGUGUGUAUUUAUUAUAUUUAUGUUAUUUUUCUUUUUUUUUCUUCUCCCUUUUGAACUGUUGUUUAGUUUGAUCUGGUUAAAGCACAUUGUUAACUCUGUUACAUAAAUACUUAAUAAAGUCUUUGUAAAGUU